UCAGUGAGUAGGUAGGUCGGGACAAAGAGAUCUAAACCAGAGACUCGUGGCUAGGGACAUUCAAACUAUAACCAGAAAUCCUCCCAUCAACCUUCCAAUAGAGAACGCAAAGGUAUACAAAUUCAUGUCUCAUAUGCAGCAUCGACAAACGAGCAACAACAAGAACAAUCCGAGCUCAGAAAAAUACUUCCCUUAUAAUCAAGCCAAUGAGAUUUAGCCCAACCCGCAACCAACCACGAGGUCUUCCACUCAUGAUCCAAGAAAUAGGUAUUACACGAACGACCAAACUAUAGUCCACAAGGAAUCAGCACUUCCACUACUCCCUUUAUUCAUUACACUUCUUCACUCAAAUAUGUCCACUCACCUUCUGACAAUCUCUCAGUUAAACCCCCUCCGUCCCCGCAUGAGCCUGCACCGGAUAGAACACCGGCUCGGGUCUCUUCAUCGUCAAGUCGUCGGCGGUCGCCUGGUGGUAGUACGGCGACUGCCCGUACUGCGCCGCCACCGCCUGCUGCGUCUGAUACUGCACGUAUUGCUGCUGUUGCUGGAACUGCUGCGCGCGGAUCUCAUCCUCCUUCUUCUCGCGCUUGCGGUCCCGCCGGUACUUGAUGAGGAAGUAGAUGACGCACCCGACGAAGAUGCAGAAGAGGAUGGGGAUGAUGAUGACCUUGCCGAUGAUCUUGGCAACACCCAUGAUGUGGAUACGUCCCGGAGACUAUCUCGGGUUGGUCGAGUGAAAGGCUCUGGAGGAUGUUUAUAAGGAUCUAGUGAUCGAUAUGCCUGGAAUGCAGUAGCUCAGAGAUGUGCUUGUGUUCAGAAUUGGAGAAGAAUGCUCUCUCGGUCGGGGACUGUGGUUAU